UCUCACCGAGACAAUCAUGUCAUUAUUUAUACAUCAAGAAGUUAGUGAAGCUCAUGAUAAAGUUAGACAGCCUCUAUCUCGCACGGACUGGAUAUUACUCGGUCCUGCACAAGAUGGUGGUUUAAAGCUGCAAUCUGAGGGCGCAGGUGGUUUAGAAGAGAUUGAAGAGGAAUUCCACGAUGGCCGUAUUCAGUUCGCUUUUGUUAGAGUAAAAGAUCCAAACUCUCAGCUCCCAAAGCUCGUACAAAUCAACUGGUGCGGUGAAUCAGUACCUGAGUUUAAGAAGGGUGGUUUCCACUCUCAGCUUAAUCAGCUCACACAGUUAUUGAGUGGUGCUCACGUCACUAUAAACGCACGCUCACAGGAAGACCUCGACCCUGAUGCUAUCUUAAAGAAGGUAUCAGAUUCUUCAGGUUCCAAAUUCUCUGUCAAUCAAUCUGCCCCAGCUUUGUCAGAGAGACCUGUCGCACCAGCACCUGUUGGUACAGCUUACAAGCCUAUCGGAACACCAGAUAUCGCUGCUAUGCGCUCAAAUGUACCAAAACCAGAAGCACCAACACCUGUCGGAACUGCUUAUACCCCACCUAGAAAUGAGCUCGCAAAUAUCAGACAAACUCCUCCAGUACCACAACAAGCUCCUGCACCAGUUUCUGUGCCCCCACCAGCCCCAGCUCAACCUUCAAUACCAACUCCACCUACUCAAGCUCCAAAACCUCCUUCAGGUGGUCUUUUCGGCGGUGUCGUUGGCAAAGCUGGUGAUUGGUCUGUUCCAAAGUCCUCCCCAGUAAAUACUGCACCAGCACCAGUACCAGCACCAGCAGCACCUACUCCAGCACCUCCAGCUCCUGCCCAAUCAGAACCUGAAGAACGUCCAGGCAAAGUAGGCACAGCCUAUGAACCAGUCAAGCUCCCUGCACCAAAGAAACUAGGAAAUCGCUUCCCAUUCGCCCAAGGUACUGAGACAUCUGCACCUCCUGCACCUUCUUCAUUUGGCGGUUCAGCUCCACCAAAGAAGCUCACUUGGUCUGAACGCCAAGAACAAGCCCGCAAGCAAGCUGAAGAAGAGGAAGCGAGAUCUGGAAAUGCACUCAGUAACGCUUCUGCCUUCCAAAGUUCAGCUCCAGCAGCUGCUCAACCACCACCUAUGCCUACAAGCACACGUCCAACUCCGGUAGUAGACAACAGUGCACCACCACCUCCACCACCUCCAAUGCCUUCUAGACCUGAUGCUCAACCUGAAACAAGGGCGGUUCCUCCUCCACCUGCGCCACCAGCACCUCCAAUGCCUCAAAGCUCUUAUGAAGCACACAGUGGACUAGGACAGUCCCCAUCACAAGAAGCUUUGAUUCAAAGUGAGAUGGAAAAAUUACAAGUAGAAGAUGAGACAUCGAUCCCACCACCUCCACCUGCUCCUCCAGCACCACCAAUGCCAGCUGCACCGGUGACCCCGGCUGCUCCAGCCGCCCCAGUUGCGCCACCAGCACCUGCUCAACCACAAUCAAAGGGUGGUCAGAGAGCGAAGGUAGUUUACGAAUAUGAAGCAACAGAAGAUAACGAAAUGGAUCUUAUCGAGGACGAAAUUAUACACGACAUUGAACAACUAGAUGAAGGCUGGUGGUCUGGCAAAGCCCGCAACGGGCGUGAAGGUCUAUUCCCAGCUAAUUACGUUGAGUUGAUCGAAGAAGAAGAAAUUCAAGAAGCACCAGCAAGUGCAUCUAUACCACCACCACCACCUCCUCCUCCUAUGCCUGCCAGAUCGACUAGCGCAGAUCAAGGAAAGACAGCAAUUGCCGAAUAUGAUUACGAAGCUGGUGAAGACAAUGAAAUAUCCUUCGCUGAAGGUGACACAAUCACUCAUAUCGAUUUUGUUUCAGACGACUGGUAUGAGGGUACAAGCAAGGAUGGUAAACGCGGUCUCUUCCCAGCCAAUUAUGUUGUUAUGAACUAAGUAAGAAAAAAACGAUUUGAUUCUCUUUGUAACUUUUAAACAUUAACGUUUUAACGUUUAUUCAUGCACUUUUGAUAAACUUCAACUUAACGGAAGCAAUGAUAUGGC